ACCCAGAAGGGCCUCCAUGCAGCUGCAGGCUUGCCGCAUGUCAUUGCAUGUCAUUGUGAUGCAACAGUGGGUGAGCGUGACAUAAAGCUGCAGGCUGGAACUCCGGCUGGGGUGGCCUCAGUUCGCUGCUGCUGGAGCGAGAGGUGGUAGCGGAGGGUUGCAGCUCUCAGAGAGUUCCUACCAGGAGCCAUGGAGUGCUGUUGCAGUGCUGGAUUCCGAAAUCCAGAUGAAUUUCUGAGCAGAGCGGGGAAGAGCGGAAAGCUCCGACCCAGAGGACAGGAAGUUGGAGCAGGAGGUAGCUGGCUGUUGGACCUUCCACUCGGGGUUAAAAUCCCUGUGCAGCCCGGCACCAAGCUCCUUUUCGCCAGGAGAAAGCUGGGGGAAAAGCUCCACCAGCCUUCUCCUCAGUUUGACCUGAGAGAUCCGUACAGUCGCAAUCUGUGCACAGAGUACAACAGCCUGCAUGACCCGCAUCUGCGGGAGUUCCACAACCGCAAAAACAACCUGCGGAACCUGAAGAAACGGGGCUUGGUCACCGAGGAUGGCGACGUUGUCUGCACUCUGAAGGAGUUCAACGAGUACAGGCAGUACCUGACCAGGCUGAAGCUGGAGAAAAAGCAAGCAAAGAGGCGAGAAGAGGAUGAGCUUCUUCGGGAGAUUUCCAAUUUGAAGAAAUCGAUCCACAGACUACAGAUGGCCAGGGACAAGUUCCAGCCCGGUCCCGUGGAUUACAUUGCGGGUUCGAAAAUCAGACCCACAAUGCUUCAUAAACCAGCUGGCCCCUCUCCUUCAUGCUAUAAUCUUCUGUCUGGACAAUGCAGAAGGAAUGUGGCUUUGAUGGAGCGUGGCCUUCAGGGAGACUCAUGGAGCACAGGGCGUGCAAUGAAGCUGCCUGAGAAGUCACCCAAACCUGCGUUGGGCAGGGAAGGCUCCAAACUCCCCAGAAUCAUCCAGACUACUUCUGCGUCAACAACAAACUCCAAACUCCCCAGAAGCAUUCGUACUGCUUCUGACCCAACAGCAAACUCCAGAGUCCCCAGAAUCAUCCAGACUACUUCUGCGUCAACAACAAACUCCAAACUCCCCAGAAGCAUUCGUACUGCUUCUGACCCAAAAACAAACUCCAGAGUCCCUAGAAGCAUCCAGGCCCCAGUGAAGGGAAAAGGAAAAAAAGGGGAAAACAAGUAGAGAGAUUGGCCAAAAACCAAAACAGUGGCAACAAAUUAGUUUUAAUUGGCUUAAUUAAUUUUAAUUUGUUUAAUUCGUUUUAAUUUGUUUAAUUAAUUGACCAAAGAUGAUACCAGAAUGCAAGAUAACACACUACAGUACAAUAUAUCAUAAUUAGUAUCAGAAUUAGAAUUAAAACCAAUAAAAAAAAUUAAAAAAAUAACAUUACAAA